AUGUGGGAGGACAUAACCUUAAACUAAUAUUAUUUGUUUUACGUGUAAUUAUUUUAUCAUUCUAUGUUUUAUAAUGGAAGAAAAUCUCGAACUGUUUCGUAAAAUUUGGGAAGAUACAUAAUAUGAAGAUUUAUUGUAACAUUGUAAUUUUUAUAAUUUCGGUGUUAGUUUGUUUAUUGUGUAUUUUAAUUUCUGUUAUACAAUAUUACUAUUUAAAUUACAACUUCUAUAAGAAACAAACCAGUUAUGCACCAAUUUUUGAGGAUUUAAUUGCGACAGACUCCAACAACAAUUUUGCAUUAAGUUAUACGUUUAACGCUAUUGAAGACCACUCAAACGACAACUUUAUUUUAAGUAAUUUAAACGCCCUUCUUGAAUCCCAUUAUACGCCAACAACUGGUAGUAGUUAUUUAGAUGGGAGUAGAAAUUUUAAUGUGAAAUCGUCGAAUUCGGAAGUUUUGAAUAUACUACAGGCGGCUAUAGGGUUCCAACUGGCCGGAAAAAAUCACAAGGCUUUGAAACUAUUAGAACAUGCAACUGCGAUCGCUCCGGAUAAUCCAGACGUCCUAAACUGGUAUGGGGAAUUCCUUGAACAAAUUCGACACGAUGUCGUGACCGCGGAUGAGCUCUACUUCAAAGCAUUAACCCACUCUCCCACACAUGCAGCCGCACUGACCAAUCAUAAAAGAACAUCACCUGUUGUAGAUAGACUGGACUUGGAGCUUUUCAAAAGUAUAGAUAAGAAAAAAGACUACUUAAAAAAACAGUUUGAUAGUUACAAUUUUGAAACAUUAAAGAAACAAGCUUAUUAUUUACACAUCUAUCACACUGUGGGAAUUGAGGGUAAUACCAUGACAGUUGAGCAAUUGCGGACUUUACUAGAAACUGGUCAGGUGAUCCAAGGGAAAAGUAUAAUUGAACAUAAUGAAGUACUCGGACUACAGUUGGCCCUCAAAUACGUGAAAAGUUUGGCUAGGAAGGAGUAUAUCACUGUUGAUGAUAUACUUCAAAUGCAUAAAAGAGUAAUGGGACACGUUGAUCCUCUAACAUCUGGCAUAUUUCGUGAUACAAAAGUGUUCGUGGGCCGCCACAUUCCCCCGCCGUCAGAAAAAGUCCCCGCUUUGAUGGAAAGUUACGUGAAUUGGUUGAAUUCAGAUGAAGCUCGAAACAUGCAUCCUGUCCGUUAUGCCGCUUUAGCUCACUACAAACUAGUCGAUAUUCAUCCAUUUGUUGAUGGUAAUGGACGCACAAGUCGCUUAAUAAUGAAUUUGAUUUUACUCCGUGGUGGUUAUCCGCCGAUUAUGAUUUUAAAAGAGCAGAGGGAUAGAUACUACGAUGCACUAAAUGUAGCUAAUGUUGGGGAUGUUCGACCUUUUGUUCGAUUUAUAGCACAUUGUACAUUACAAAUUCUAGAUAUGUAUAUUCAUGGUACACAAAUGUUAGUGCUGGAUGGUGAUAGCACAGAAGGGACUCCAACUCCAUUUUUGACUUGACUGAUGUUUUAUUGUAAAUUAUAUUGUAUAGUUUAAUUGUGAAUAAAGCGGGUUUAAUUAUGA